AUGAGCCGGACAAUGCGGCCAAUCGAUAUUCUGUGUGAGGAGGAGCGUCUUCGAAGGCUUUCCGAGCGGAUGGUUUAUGACAGUAGCGAUGGGGCUGAGCAUGCUCGCCAGAGGCGGGCCCGCACCCUUGUGGAGGAGAUGCGCCUCUUGGGGUCAAGGCUGCGGUCGAAGUCCAGUGAGGACCGACGAUCCGUUGCUGUAAAAGCACUGGAAGCCGGAUUGGAGGCCAAGCGACAGGAGGCCUUCAAGGAGAUCACGGCCAGAGCAAACAAUGAAGCGCAGCCGGUUUCUCCCCCAGUGACUUCCCCAGAAGCUGAGACCGAUUUGCAAUCAAAGCUCUCGGAUGCGCUGGAGCGAGUGACAGUUCGGUCUGUAGUAGGGCUCAGAGGCAUUGCAGAGGUUCCCAGACCUAUUGAAGCUGUCGUCGUUGCCGUGCUGCAGCUGGUGAGCUGUGAGUAUUCUGGUUUGGAUUUGCAUCCAUCGCCUCCUACAACAUGGGAAGAAGCUCGACGGAUACUGCUGAAGCCCGGCCACUUUGUCAGUGCGUUGCGGAAGUUUCCAUUUGCUCUGCAGCGUGGGCAGAUACCCGAUUGUGAUAUUGAGCAGGCACAGCAGACAUGGGAGAAUCUGCCAAGAUCAGGUGCAGGCUUGUCUCAGGUUCACGAGGCAGCUCGAGACUUGCAGCCUUGA